CACUUUUUUUCUUCAACCCUUUUACGAGGUUUAUAAUCUAAAACAACCACAUUAUUUAUCACGCAUUAAAGGAUAUCUCAUUCAAAGAAAGAAAGAUGGCCAAGUAUAUGAUUACCGCAGCUUUGCUUGCAAGCAUGGCUACAAUGACUUUUGCUCAAGACGCCGAACAAGGAGGAUACACUUGUGACUACCCUGGUACCGAUGGUUACUACUUUGCCAAGGAUUUGACCUUCUGGGAUAUGGCUAAUGGCUCUUGUGGUAGUGAUGGUAUUCUCGCUAGCAUUACGAACCGUAACUUCUACAUUGCUACCGAGCUGGUUAGAAACUGUAUUGGUGAAGAUUCUGCUGCCUGGAUUGGUACUUGGGAUUACACUGCUACUGAUCCUCAAGUUCGUAGCUGUCUCACUCUUUAUGUUGGUACUGAAGGCAAUGGCGGUGGCAUUAAUGUUGACUGUCGUUCCAGAAGAUAUGCUCUCUGUAGAAGAAAGCCCGAAAGAAGCAACGGUCCUGACUUCCCCACUAGUCUCCCUCCACCAAAAAAUACCCCUGAUGCCACAACUAAUCCUGGUGUUGUAACUAGUCCUGACGGAAACACUGCUGCCACACAAAUUGUUACCUCAACUGUAACUGUUACCGGUAUCCCUACUGCUACUGAAACUGUCACCGUCAAUGGCAAUGCUAUUUCUACUACCGUUUCCACCACUGAAACUGAUACCACCACCACUACCACUACCACCACUUCUGUUAGUGUCUCAGUUUCCCCCACCACUACCACCACUACUGAAGUCUCUCCCACCACUACCACUACCACUGCAGUCUCUCCCACCACCACCACCACUGCAGUCUCUCCUACUACUACUACUACUACCACCACCACCACCACUACUGCUGCAGCUAUUCCUCCUGUCACUGCAACCGUCAUUACUACUCCUGCUGUCACUAUUCCUAGUGGCGUUUCUAGUGCUAUCGGUGGUAUCGACAGUGCCAUUGGUGGUAUUACCAAUAUCGCCUCUUCCAUCCCUGGUAUCAUUGGUGAUGUUAGCAGUAUCGUUGGUGGUGUCACUGAUGUUGCAGGUAAUAUCCCUAUUAUCGGUGGCAUUGUUUCUGAUAUCCUCGGUGGCGCUGCUGUUGAUACUGCCGCUUCUCUUACUAGUGUUAUCGGCGGCGCUUCCGAUGCUGCCAGCAAUGUUGCUUCCCUUGGUUCAUCUGCUAUUUCAGUUGCCAGUAACGUUGGUACCGUUGCCAACAAUAUUUUCUCUGCCACAUCCCUUGUUUCAAACGUUGUCAGUGAUGCUGGAGGUCUCAUUAGCUCUAUUGCUAACAUCGGCAACUUGUUUGGUGGUCUCUUCCUUGAUGUUGGUAUUGGUGCAAAUGUCGAAAUCACUGUCACUGCUGUUCCUACCGAAGUUUCUCUUCUUCUUAGCAGCGUUGCUAGCAUUGCCCAAAAAAUUGGCGCUAUUCCUUCUGUUAUCCCUAGCCUCAUUAGUGGUGCUGAUGGUCUUAUCAGUGGUGUUUCCAACUUCCAAGCUGCUGUUCCUUCUCUUGGUAGUGAAGUUGCCUCAUUCGUCAGCCAAGUUGCCCUUCUUCCUUCCGUUGACCCCUCUCUUAUUUCUCAAGUUGCCAGCCUUGCUUCUGGUGUCGCUAUCCUUGAAGACCAAAUUCCUCUCUUUGUCAGCAACGUUGGUAGUGUUGUUCUCGGCGUUGUUAACUUCCCCUCUGUUCUCCCCAGUCUUAUUAGCAACAUUGAAGCUCUUAACAGCCAAUUCCCUGAUCUCCCUACCGAUGUCGCCAGCCUUGUCAACAACCUUCAAAGCGCCGCUGAUGAAAUCAGUGCUAUCCCCACUGCUCUUCCCUCCCUUAUUGGCGGUGUUGGUAGCCUUGUCAGCAGCUUGGUCAGCAUUCCCCCAGUCAUCCCUACUCUUGUCGGUGGUAUCAGCAGCAUCAUUGGUGGUUUGACCAGUGUUCCUCUUCCUAUCUCUAGUAUCCUCGGUGAUGCCAACAGUCUUGUUAGCCAAAUUCUUGAUGUCCCUUCUGCCAUUCCUUCUCUUGUUGGUGGUGUUGAAAGUCUCCUUAGUGGUGUUGUCAAUGUUCCCACUGCCGUCGUUUCUGAUGUUGUCAGCGUUGUUGGCGAUGUUGGUAGUCUUCUUACUCAAAUCAUCAAUGUCCCCAGUGAUCUCCCUAGUCUUAUCGGUAAUGUUGGAAGUGCUAUCGGUGACCUUGUCAAUAUUCCUUCUCUUGGUGUUGUUAGCGAAAUUGCCGAUGUUCCCUCCGCUCUCGUCAGUGGUAUCAGUGGCCUUCUUGAAGGUGUUGUUAGUGAAGUCAUCCAAAUUCCUCCCACUCUUGGCAACGAUAUCAGCAAUGUUCUCACUGCUGUCACUGGUGGUGUUGGUGGUGUUCUUGGUGCUGUCACUGGUCUCCUCGGUGGUCUCCUCGGUGGUGUCAACCCCACUCCAGUUACCUCUGCUGUUGCUUCUGCCACUAGUGCUGCUGGUGGUCUCCUCGGUGGCCUUCUCGGUGGUCUCUAAACGACUUCACCCUUCUUUUAAAUCAAAACUAUUAUUUUCUUUCUCUUACUUUUUUUUCCCUUUCAAGUUAAUUUAUACCAAAACUUAAUUUAAAUAAAUAAUAGUUCAAAAAUA